AUGUCGGCGAUUGAGAGCUUCGUUAGACGAAAGAACGAUCGCCAGGCGUACAGUCGAAAGUUAGCACGAGCAGAAAAGAUCACCUACAAACAAGCCCUUCAAUCUCUUUAUGACAGAAGACACGCUUUGUCAACUGCGCAUCCUUUCUCUGUUCGCAGCUUGGGUCACGGGAACACCUUUGCGUAUCGACAAGGGACUAUAUGCGUGCUGCAUGGUGAGGUGGUUCGUGUCUCGGAUCUACGUUCCCAGUCGAGUAGUAUUCUUGAUCUGGUCAGCAUUAUUCGACAAAGAUAUCCCAUCUUCCCCGGAGAAUGCAAGAUUCGGCUUCUUAACUAUUCCGAGGGAGUUCUUGCCAUCUAUUGCACCAAGAUCAGGGGAUCGGAAACCAGCUAUAUCUACGCUAUCAAUACCGCGCCCGACUGUCCAACUGACAAAAGAGUCAUUGAAAGAAUACCACUUGCUGCUUGUGAUAGGCUUCUUGUCAGGCACAACUCUCGUUAUCUCUACUAUGUUACGCAUACUGGUAGAGGUGAUGAUGGGGAGCGUAAAUGGGAAAUCGAAGGCAUCUCUCUAGAUAUUAACUUUCCAUUACCGAGACGUGAACGUCCACUGUUGCUCGAAAAUUUUCACGGAUCUGACAUUGGCUCUACCAUCGCUUUCGAGAUACACAAUAACCACUUCUACGCUGUUUCUAAUCAAGAGUCCUCUGAGGUCGAGGAGAUUGACUACACUUCCUUUUACCAUGUGGUUCGCUUCCCGCUCAACUCGCCAUUGCCGGAUGAGGUGGAGAAAGAUGAGCGUCUCUACCGUCGACAGCAUAAAGAAGGACCUAUCCACGACACAUGGACCGAUCUAACACUGCAAAUUGACGAAUGCACAAACGAUACUGUCAUUGUUGAGUCACGACGAGAGUGGGUACAGGCAUCCUCGCGACAAUCCCGUACAUUUUACGUCACUAAGUUGAACUUCGGUGAAGACUUCGAGGACAUGCUCGACGAACAAUUACUACCUGAAAACGAGCCACUCGUCCCCUUGAUAGACUCAUCAAACCAUCCCCACUGGAAGCCUACGCCAGCCCUCUACAGCUGGAAUCAACACCCCGAGUUCUCCAGCACAGACACGACCCGCCGUUCUUUCAUGCUCGCAAGGACAAAAUUCAGAGCAUACAACUACGCAUGUACAUCGUUCCUCGACCUUGUAGAGGAUGAUCGCUGCUGCAACAGCCCCUCCCAACCACCCUGUCUCCGGUUACGCGUAGGUUCAAGACGCGAAAUGGGCCUUCAAUACACCUACAGCAACAGCGGCAACAACGCCGAAUCCAAAGCCCCCAUCCACCCCCAACAACCUGGUUUCAUCGACAACGCAACCCGAUAUCGUCACUCCCCAAUCCGCAUGUGGCCACCCCCAGCAUCCCACUGCCCCUGUUCAAAGCACUUGCAUACCAUCAUGAACCCAGCCUUACCAUCCGGCAAUACACCACUUGCCAAAAGCGUCACCGGUGUCCUCGAUGGCAACUAUUUCAUCUACAUGGUCAAGCCGGGGCGCACGUACAAUUCCGGUGACGACAGCGCCCUCGGAAGCAUUGUUGUUGUGGACUUCAGCCGCGGGUUUCCGGUGGCGGUAGGGGUUAAUGGGCAGGGAGAAAAGGCAUCAGCAUCAUCAUCAGCAUCAGCAUCAGCAUCAGCAUCAGCAUCAGCGUCGGCCUCUGCGAAUUAUGGCAUAGUUGAUGAUGCUGCGGCCAUUGCGGCAACAGCGAAUUCCAGUCCUGCAACGCCAUGGAUCUGGUCGCCUGGUCAAGAGAGGCGCUGCAGAGAAGGCACGUGUUGCUAG